AUGUUUGUUCUUCUUAAACCGUUUGCUGCCGUGAGGGCGACUUUAGGCAGCCCUGCCGUUAGAAGGGCUACUGCCUUCUACAGCACCGAAGCUCUGAACCUCCAGGUUGACCAAACUGCCCUUCACCUGAAAGUUCAGGAUGCUUUCACAAAGGUCGCCAGUGAGACUCUCACUGAAGUUCAAGGGAGAGUGAUUCCUGAGAUGCUUACUACCAGUAAUGGUGUGCUGGUGAGAGCCAAAACCGGAACCGGUAAGACCUACGCAUUCGGUCUUCCUGUGAUUGACGAGUGGUUAAAGGAUAAAAAUUUCGGAAAGCAAGAGAGCGUUCACACCGUGGUGAUCAACCCGACUAGAGACCUUGCUUUCCAAACGCAAAGGGCGUUGGAUAAGGUUUGGAAGGAUGCUGCCCCUAGAAACAACCGCCGAGGUAUCGAUUUGUGUGUUGGUCAAAUGAAGUAUGAUCAGAUCAGAAGAGGAGUCAAUGGAAGAUUCAAAUCGGCAGCCUUAGUGGCAACACCAGGAAGACUGCUGGACAUGUUGGAAUCUGAUCACUCUUUUGCAAACUCGUUCAAAGAUUUGAGACAUUUUGUUAUUGAUGAGGCCGACGUUCUUUGCGCUCAUGAUUUCAAGGAAGCUUUACUGGCUAUUGUUAGCCGGAUCAAAGAAAAUCACCAAGAUCCUAGCUUGCUGAAAGUGACCAUGUUUUCUGCCACUAUGGACUCGAACACCAAAGAACUUGCUCGCAAACUAAUGGGCGAGAAUUACAAGUACAUUGAUGUGAGUUCUGGCCCGGAAGUGACGGACACUGUUAACCAGUCUUUAGUGACAACAGAUAGCCUUUUCGAAAGUUUUGCUGUUGCCCUGAAGUUGGUGAUUGAAAAGCUAGGUGAUGCCAACGGUAAGGUGAUCGUGUUCAUGCCAAACAUCAAAACCACUGACUUUUUCUACUGUUUGGCUAAAGAAGUCAUUGGUGAAUACUACGGCAGAAAAGCUGAGGUUUGCACCCUGCAUGGGGAUUUGAGUCAGGGUGCUCGCAACAGAAACCAGAUCAGGUUCAGAAGUGCCAAAACGGGAGUUUUGGUUUCGUCGAACGUUGGUGCUAGAGGAAUGGAUUUCCCUGGUGUCAACAGUGUGAUUCAGUUGGGAGUGCAAUAUGAAACAGCUUCUCACACUCACAGGGUUGGCAGAACAGGAAGGGCUGGAACCACAGGAGAGUCCAUCUCCAUUUUGACUGAGCACGAAAUGUUUUAUGCUGGAAGAUUGAAGAAAGAGGGUCAUGAGUUUGAAAUCUUAGAUAAACCUGAGAUCACUCCUGAGUUUGCAAAUCAAAUUACCGAUGUUUCGAGACAUAUUCCAUCCGAUAUCAAUCUGAUGGUCACGUCGCUUUUGGGUUCUUACGGCUCUGUGCCUCGGAUCGAGAAAGAUGGUGAUCCAAAAAGUCUCGCUCUUGAUUGCGGAGAUCUCUAUCAAAAGUUUAUGGGCGAGGGUAAUUUGCCCUCUGUCAGGGCAGCCGAUCUGGACAGAUUCAGGAUUUCAUCUCGUGAUGCUGAAGGGGUGUUCAACGUGAGAGGCAAUUUGAGAGGAGGAUCUAAUUUUGGAGGAUACAACAGAGGAAACAGGACAUUUGGAGACAGAAGUGAGGGUUCAUACAAGCCAAGAAGAUCUGGUAAUGGGUACGGAGGUAACUUUGAAAAAAAGAAUUUCGGAAACCGCCGCUGGGACAGGAACAAUAAGUUUUAG